AUGGAUAAGGAUCAAUUGAAAGCUCUUAUUGAUUCUAUUACUAAAGGAUUUAAAGAUGUUACUAAGGACUUAAAGAAUGUGAAUUCAUCUUCAUCUGGUAGUAUAAGAUAUGAUCCUAAGAAAA